UUUUUUUUUUUUUCUUUUUCCGUAUUUAUGCGUCAAAGAUUUCUUGGCCAUUUUAUAUCACAAUUUUCUUUUUCUAUUUUUCAAUACAGAAUGCAUCAUCAUAUUACCAUUGGCAAACAAACAAUUCCUGUAAUCAGUCAAGUUGUUUCGCAAGAUACUUUGGAUAAAGUGAUGACGUUUCAACCAUUUCAAGAUUGGGUGCGUACUUUUGACAAGGAACAAAUUGAUCAUCAUGAAGAAAUGGACGUGACUGAGAUUGACAUUCAAAACGUAGAUAUAUUUGGAUCGGGCAAGAUUGGAUUUGUCAAAUUCAAGGUUAAUGUCAAGUUGAAAGCUACUGGACAGAAUGCUCCAGGUAUCGUGUUUAUGCGAGGUGGAGCGGUGUCAAUGAUGUUAUUACUACAAUCAGAAGACGACAAGACUCAAGACGACAAGAUUAUUCUCACUCUUCAACCAAGAAUACCAGUUCCAAGUUAUAAUUUUCCUGAACUUCCUGCUGGUAUGUUGGAUGCAAGUGGGGAUUUUGCAGGUGCAGCUUCCAAGGAAAUUUAUGAAGAAACUGGACUGACUAUUCAUGAAUCUGAAUUGAUCGAUUUGACGGAAAAAGCAUAUGGUGAUCAAUGGAAAGGGGUAUAUCCUUCAGCUGGAGGAUCUGAUGAAUUUUUAAGACUCUUCCUUUGUUAUAAAAAGAUGAAACAACAGGAUAUUGAUGCUUUGGAAGGGAAAUUGACUGGAUUACGACAAGAAGGUGAAAAUAUUACACUUAGAUUAGUCUCAUUCAAGGAUGCAUGGAAAUCAUCUCCAGAUGCCAAAUUAUUAUGUAGUUUAACUUUAUAUGCUGAAUUGAAGAAAUUGAAUUUGAUUUGAAAUAAUAAUAAUAAAAAAAGAAAGAUUUUGAAUGACCGAACAAACUUACUUCUUUUUUCUCUUUAUCACUUUUUUUUUUUAUUUUUAUAAUGUCAGACAUUGAUCACUUUUCUCUUUUACUUGAUGAUUCUGACAACUUUCUUCCAAGAGUUGAAGAGAUUCUAAAAGAUAUAUUUGACCAUUUUGAUGAGGAUAAGGAUAAUCUUUGGAAUACAAAAGAAUUACAAGCGU